AUGUGGAGUGAUCCAAUUGAUUCUGAAAGUGUUGUCGAGUUGGCUCGUUCUCUACAGACAACUGCUCUGAAAUGGCUCAAAAUUAAUCAAAUUGAUGAUAACGGCUUCGAAAUUCUUGCACGAUCUUUGCCACAGACUCUCGUUCAUCUUAAUUUGACUGAAAACAUUAUAAAUAAAGAAAAAAUUUCUACUAUAAUUUCUUGUCUUCAAUCAAAUGGAGAAAAUCUCAAAGAACUGAUUCUCGAUGAUAUUCUUGCAACUCAAUAUUUCCAAAACCAAGCAUCCUCAUCAUUAUCGACUGUCAAAAUCGCAUCGAAUAGAAGUCUGUCAGGAAGAUUGUUGCGUAAGGAAGACCAUCUCCAAUUAAGUCCCCAUGAACUGGAUGACAGUGAUUGGUCCUUAAUGGCUACAGCAUUAACCAAAGAUGAUACGACUUAUCGCAAACUAGAAUUGUUCUUUUCUGACAAAUUUAAUCCAAAUUAUUUGAAUUAUCUUGAAACUCUCUUUGAAACCUGGAGUGAUCCAAUUAAUUCUGAAAGUGUUGUCGAGUUGGCUCGUUCUCUACAAACAACUGCUCUGAAAUGGCUCAAAAUUAAUCAAAUUGAUGAUAAAAGCUUCGAAAUUCUUGCACGAUCUUUGCCACAGACUCUCAUUCAUCUUAAUUUGGCUCAAAACAAUAUAAAUGAAGAAAAAAUUUCUACUAUAAUUUCUUGUCUUCAAUCAAAUGCAGAAAAUCUCAAAGAACUGAUUCUCGAUGAUGAUCUUGCAACUCAAUAUUUCCAAAACCAAGCAUCCUCAUCAUUAUCGACUGUCAAAAUCGCAUCGAAUAAAAGUCUGUCAGGAAAAUUGUUGCGUAAGGAAGACCAUCUUCAAUUAAGUCCCCAUGAACUGGAUGACAGUGAUUGGUCCUUAAUGGCUACAGCAUUAACCAAAGAUGAUACGACUUAUCGCAAACUAGAAUUGUUCUUUUCUGAGAAAUUUAAUCCAAAUUAUUUGAAUUAUCUUGAAACUCUCUUUGGUAAACAGUGUCGAUUGACAAGUUUGAUAAUUCGCAAUUACUUUCUGGAUAAACCAAUUCAAAUUGAAAUAUUACGAAUGUUGAAAGAAAACAAUUCUAUCAACGAAUUAGAAGUCUCGGAAACGAAUUUCGCAGCUUUCAACGAAUUAGGAAAACUUCUUGAAAACAACAACAAAAUCAAACAUGUCAACCUGGUCUACAUUUCACUUAAUGACGAGAAUUGCAUCACAUUGGCUAAUUAUUUAAAGAACAAUCAUGUUCUACAAAGUUUAAAAGUAUAUACAUGUGAAACUGAUGACAUUGGUUUUCAAGCAAUUCUCUCUUCAUUACCAAAUUCAUUAUCUAAAUUAGAAUUCACAUCUAAUCGAAUCAGUGACAAAAUUUUACCUGCAUUACUUACUUUUGUCGAGACUCAUCCGCUUUUAAAACAAAUUUCUCUACAACAAUAUAGUGGAAACAAAAUCUAUUCAACUCUAGUAAAUGGAUCUGAUUUAAUGGCAAAAAUUCAUGAAGUUACAAAUAAAAAUCAUUGUAUUUGUCAAAUUAAAUUUAACUAA